AUGGGGGCACUACAGUCAUACACAGAGGAAGGAGCCGGAGAAGAGAGAGUAGUCUUUGUCUUAUCUUGCAAGGCUGGAGUCACUUCUUCCAUGGCCCCUGGUCUCCUCUGGGAUAUAGCCUCGAACCCUCCACCUUUUGCUUCUGGUUGUGAUUGGUUUUUUUGUUUUAAUUUAUUUAUGGCUGCAUCCAGUCCUAGUUGUGAGCACGUGGGCUCUGAAGUUGUGGCACAGGGCGUGUGGGAUCUUAGUUCCCUGACCAGGGAUCAAAACUUUGUCCCCUGCAUUGGAAUGGGACUUACCACUGAACCACCAGGGAAGUCCCCUGACUAUACUUUUAAGGUUGAGCACAAAUUCUUUUCCACUCCUCCCAACAAGCAGUAA